AUGUACUUCGUAGACGACUCGCUUAGAACCCCCUUGGACAAUACCGUAACCUCGAGCUCGAGUCGCGAUGCGACGAUAGGAGAAAGUCAUUCAACUCGUGCCUCGGAUUACAACACCAUCAGCGCUAUCCUCAUCACAUUACCAAGUAUCUCGUCGCCUCCUAAUCCCGCCUCCAAGAUGUCGUCCUUCCUCCUCCGUCGCGCCGCAACCACCACUGCCCGCUCGUUCUCCACCUCGGCAUCGAGACCAGCAUCCUUCGCAAAGAUCACAAUCGUGGGUCGAUUGGGCGAUGUCCCAGAGCUCCAAGCUACAAGCACCGGCAAGGAGCUCCUCAAAUACAAUGUAGGGACAAGCUCGGGCCCCAAAGACAACCAGCAGACGAACUGGUUCAGGGUGGCCUCUUUCUUACCGGAGGGCCCACAGAGGGAUUAUAUUGCAGGGCUAGAAAAAGGAACACUAGUUUACGUUGAGGGUGACGUCUCGAUAAAUCAAUACCAGGAUGGCGAGGGUGUCACUAGAAGGAGUUUCAACAUUGUGCAACGAAAAUUAGAGGUGCUUGCUCGCAAGAGGCAGCAAGAGUCAGAGGAGAUGUGA